AAAAAAUACAACUUUCGUGUUUGAUUAGAUUUACGGAUUUAGAAAGGAGAGAAAUUUGGGAGCAACACGAUUCACAGGUUUUCGAUUUCCCUUCUUCCUUCCCCGAGAGAAGACAUUUUUUGUGGGUCGUGUCUGGUCUCUGGGCAAAAGAUGGUGAGGAUGGUGAGGAGUUGCUUACAGUCCAUGUUGAAGCUGGUGAAUUCCAUACUUGGGAUGGUUGGGAUCGCCAUGAUCCUUUACGCUGUUUGGCUGAUUAGGCAAUGGCAAGAACAGAUGGGAAAUCUCCCCUUCGCUGAUUCUGACCACCCCGCUCCUUGGUUCAUUUAUGCAUUUCUUGGUCUCGGUGCCAUUCUCAGUGUUGUCACUUGUGCCGGGCACAUAGCUGCUGAAACCGUUAAUGGAUGUUGCCUUUACUUGUAUAUGGGAUUCAUCGUUUUGCUCAUUAUGGUUGAAGGCGGUGUGGUUGCUGAUAUCUUUCUAAACCGUGACUGGAAGGAGGACUUUCCAGAGGAUCCAAGUGGUGCUUUCCACCAGUUCUCUAAGUUCAUCGAGUCAAACUUCAAGAUUUGCAGAUGGAUAGGUCUCUCUAUUGUCUGUGUCCAGGGGGUAUCAGUUCUAUUGGCCAUGUUGCUCAAAGCUCUUGGACCUCACCGUCAUUAUGACAGUGACGAUGAAUACAAUGAAAGCACGGUCGCACUCCUACGGGAUGCUCGCCAGCCGCCUCCAUACGUUGUUGGAGAACCCAUUUAUGGAGCCAAACCGGAAUCUUGGAGGGUCAGGUUAAUGAAAGAGCGAACCGGUAAGAGGUGCAGAGCAAGAAGCUCUGAGAAGAAACUGGCAAAGAGUCGCUCUUUCAAUGUGCACUUGGGUUUGGCUUCUUUUUUUUUUGCAUGUCUCUCUCUCCCUCUUUCAUUCCCACUCCAAAGUCCAAACCAUUAUCUCUUGUAAAAUCUUGGAUACUAUACAUUAAUUAUACAUAUGGGUGUAUUUCAAAAUUA